GCCUCCAUGGGCAGAAUAUUUUGCAAUUUUUUGUUGAUUUUUUGCUUUAUUUUAACAUUUUCUGGGAGUCUAUUUGUGGAUUGCCUCAUCUCUAAUGAAACUAGCUGUAAUGCCUACUUGAAAGUACUUUGGACCUCAGAGUUUUCUCAUGCCCCAUUCGUGAGUUCGCCGAUAUUUACAGAUACGAAUGGCGAUGGGCAGCUUGAUGUUAUUGGUGCUACAUUUACGGAGACUAUCAAAGCAGUUAAUAUCUUGAGUGGAAAUGUUGUGCCCAACUUGAAUUGGCCAAACCAUCUCCAUGACACUUCAACAUAUUCGAGUCCCAUUGAGUAUGAUAUUGACAAUGAUGGUAUGCUGGAUGUGCUGAUCUUCACCUCAGAUGGAGAAAUCCUUCCGUACCAGCUAGAUGGAACUCUCAUCUCUCAAAAGGUGUUUAAGUUGCCACCAGUGUAUAUCAAGAAAGAUUGGCAUGAGCGUGCAGUGAGGGUCAGUCAUGAGAAAAUUGAUGAAUAUGUCAAGAUGGAAGUCAAGCCAGAUCAGCUUUGGCAGGAGUAUAUCAGGGCUGACCCUCACAUCCUGGCCACCCCAGUCAUCAUGGAUCUCAACAGUGAUAAACUACCAGAUGAGCUUAUUGUACCAGUCAGUUAUUACAUUGACAGAGAAGCAUUUAUUUCAUCAGAAGAUUCUGGCCAAGAGUCAACAGGUCUCAAGUUUGACGAGCUAAGCAAUUACCUGCUUGGAUCAUUACUGGUUUAUAACAUCACUGACUACAGUAUCCUCAAGGAUAUGCAUCUGGAUCUCACAAAGGUGACAUCUGAAUAUCCUGGGUAUCUCCUGACGACCCCUACUGUGGUUGACUUGGAUGGUGUGGGUGGACCCCUGGAGGUUGUCUUGGGAACCUCAGCAGGAAAUCUAAUGGUGUUUGACAGAAACUGGAAGAAUCGACCAGGGUUUCCAAUUGCUUACGAUGUGCUCCACAGCCAGAUUUCAGUUGCUGACCUUGAUCAAAAUGGCGAUCUUGAACUGAUCGUUAUUGACAACAGUGGAAAUGUCUUUUGCGUGAAGAGUAACGGUCAAACUCUCUGGGAUGCACAGAUAUCGGGCACGUCCUCACCUGGAGCCGUCUUUGGAGACAUUGAUGGAGACGACGUCUUGGAUGUUGUUAUUAGCACUAAUGAUGGGAAGAUAUGGGCCUUACAGGGAAACACCGGUGAAGUCAUGAGCAGUUGGCCAAUAACAGUUGGAGGACGACUGAUGGCAAGUCCUACGCUGACCAAGUUUGGAAAAAAUAUCAAAGGAUUAUUAGUGCUGGUCCUAGCUGACAAUGGUCACAUCCAUAUGAUCAGUGGCAGUGGUGAGUGUCGGGAGGUAUUCCACGUCGGUGAGUCCUCCUUCAUUCCGAUCCUUCUCCAGCCGUCCCCGACCAGAGGAGCAGACGCUCAUAUUCUUAUUGGUACAAAGGAUGGCUCACUCAUGUCGGUCGGGAUUUAUAACACAAGCAUUGAGCGGAGAAUGGGGCAGCAGUUUGGUGGGAGGGUAGCACAAGGCACACAUGAUUUCACUGUGGCCAUCUCCCCUUCAACAAAGCAGCUGGUUGACAUAUCAAGUAGUUGGUUUAGCGUGGCAUUUACCAUUCAAGAUACCACAGUUCUUCAUGUCGCUAAGAAAAAAUAUAGCGUAAGGAUUUAUGUUGGGUCCCACUUGCUGACCACGUCAGAAUAUGAUAGGCCUGGUGAUUUUACUGUAGAUGUAAAAGCUAUUAACCAGCCUCUCCAAGGCCAUGUGGUUGUACAUGUCACCAAUAGCCAUGGUGUGACUGCCAUUGAUAAAUAUAUAGCAAGGUUCAACUUCAAUUUCCAGUCGGAUCUCCAGUGGCUGCUCAUUACUCCAUUCAUUGUCAACCUUAUAGUUCUCCUGUUCGUUUACGGAUUCCCUCUUGGAGAUUAUCUACCCGUACUAAACAGACAACAGAACAAAAUAAGAUGACCAUGGUGCAUACAUGUAUGCAUGAAAAUUAAUUAGGCCUACUUCAAAAGUAGCAUAAUCUUUUUGUAUGUUUCAUCUCUUUGGUAUCAGUGUAUUUCUAUUCAUUUGAUGUAGAGAUCACUGAAGGAGAUGUUGUUGUCUUUCAUUUAAAAUCUGGUCAUCUUCACGAUUACAUUUAUUUUACCGUGUCAGUCGAAUUGUUAGAAUCAUGUGAGCUCUAACCUCGGUGAUAAAAAAUAAUGGUUACAUCAGCUUGACGUGUUGAUAUCCCAAUCAUGACAGAAGUGAACCACCGAUCAAGAGAAGCAGACGGUUCUGACCUUGUACAUGUAAAUGUUGUUGUUUAUGUAAAAAGUGUUUAAUAAAAUUUAUUUAUUGUCUCUGUUAA